AAUGGCACCGGGAGCGGGGAGCCGCUGCCCAGGGCCAAGCGCUUCGUGUCCCAGGCGCGCUAUGUGGAGACGCUGCUGGUGGCCGACGCGUCCAUGGUGCGCUUCUACGGGGAGGACGUGGAGAACCAUGUCCUGACCCUGAUGUCCAUGGCAGCUCGCAUCUACAAGCACCCCAGCCUGGGGAACUCCAUCAGCCUGGUGGUGGUGAAGGUGCUGGUGGUGGAGGAGGCGGCGGCGGGGCCGGAGGUGUCCGACAACGGCGGCCUCACCCUGCGCAACUUCUGCAGCUGGCAGCAACGGUUCAACCCGCCCAGCGACCGGCACCCCGAGCACUACGACACCGCCAUCCUCCUCACCAGACAGGAUUUCUGCGGACACCAAAGCUGCGACACGCUGGGAGUGGCCGAUAUCGGCACCAUGUGCGACCGCAACAAGAGCUGCUCCGUGAUCGAGGAUGAGGGCCUGCAGGCAGCCUACACCCUGGCUCAUGAACUGGGCCACGUGCUCAGCAUGCCCCAUGAUGACUCCAAGAACUGUGAGCGCCUCUUCGGCCCCCUUGGCCAGCACCAUGUGAUGGCCCCUCUCUUCAUCCACUUGAACAAGAGCCAGCCCUGGUCYCCCUGCAGCGCCAUGUACCUCACCGAGUUCCUGGAUGGAGGACAUGGUGACUGCUUGCUGGACGCCCCAGCCCAACCCGUGUCCCUGCCCACCGAGCUGCCCGGCCRGACAGCCCUGUACAGCCUGGACCAGCAGUGCCAGCAGAUCUUUGGCAAGGACUUCCAGCACUGCCCCAACACCACUGAGGAGGACAUUUGUGCCCAGCUGUGGUGCAGGACUGGCAGCGGGGAGCCCCUGUGCCACACCAAGAAUGGCAGCUUGCCCUGGGCUGAUGGAACACCCUGCAAAGCUGAGGGGCUGUGCUGGGAUGGGCGCUGUGUGCAGCAGGAGGCCCUGAAACCACAGCCGGCGGUGCACGGCGGCUGGGGCCCGUGGAGUGCCUGGGGCUCCUGCUCGCGGAGCUGCGGUGGAGGCAUCCAGUUCUCACACCGCCACUGCGACAGCCCCCGGCCCCGGCACGGCGGCAGCUACUGCGAGGGCCAGAGAACCAAGUACCAGUCCUGCCACACCCAGGAGUGCCCGCCGGACGGGAAGAGCUUCCGGGAGCAGCAGUGCGAGAAGUACAACAGCUACAACUUCACGGAUCUGGAAGGGAACCGCUUGGAGUGGGUUCCUAAGUAUGCAGGGGUGUCCCCCCGAGACCGCUGCAAACUCUUCUGCCGAGCCCGAGGGAGGAGCGAAUUCAAAGUCUUUGAGGCCAGGGUGAUUGAUGGGACGCUGUGUGGCCCAGAGACCCUCUCCAUCUGUGUCCAYGGGCAGUGCAUCAAGGCUGGCUGUGACCACAUCAUCGGGUCCUCCAAGAAGCUGGACAAGUGCGGGGUGUGCGGUGGCAAUGGCUCCACGUGCAGGAAAAUAUCCGGCUCACUCAACAGAUCCAAGUACGGCUACAAUGACAUUGUCACCAUCCCCGCCGGAGCCACCAACAUCGACAUCAAGCAGCGCAGCCACCGAGGGGUCCGUCACGACGGGAAUUACCUGGCCCUGAAGACCCUCGAGGGCAGGUACCUGCUGAACGGAGACUUUGCCAUCUCAGCCAUGGAGCAGGACAUCCUCAUCAAGGGGACCAUCCUGAAAUACAGCGGCUCCAUGACAACUCUGGAGAGGCUGCAGAGCUUCCGACAGCUCCCAGAGCCCCUGACCGUCCAGCUGCUGAGCAUUGCCAGCGAGGUCUUCCCACCAAAAGUCAAAUACACCUUCUUCAUCCCCAAGGACRUCCCUUUCAGCAAGCAGAAGGGCAAAGAGAAGAAGUCAGUGAACGUCAUCCGCCCGAUGCUGACCUCCCAGUGGGUCCUGGGGGACUGGUCUGAGUGCUCCAAGACGUGUGGCUCCGGCUGGCAGCGGCGGACGGUGGAUUGCCGGGAUGUGGAGGGCCAAACCUCCUCCGCGUGCAACAAAUCCCUCAAGCCUGAGGACAUCAAGCCCUGUGGCGACGUGCCCUGCCCGCUCUGGCGCCUGGGUCCCUGGUCYCCCUGCUCCCAAACGUGCGGCGAGGGCGUGCGGACGCGCAACGCCUCCUGCAUCGAUUACACCGGUGAAAUCACCGCCCCGGAGAAAUGCAGCUCGCCAGGGCCACCGCUGGCCACCACGGCCUGUGUGCUGCGGCAGUGCUGAGCCAUGCCGGGGAGGCAAGGGCACCGUGGGCUUCCACCAUGCCAGGGCAGGACAGCAAGGGUGCCAUGGGCUUGCUCGCCAGACCAAUACCCACUCUSCAGUGGUUCAUCCCCACCGCAUCGAUGUCUACCUCAGAGGGGAGAAUAACGGCGGCGAAACAGGGAGGAAUCACUGCUUUUCCUUUUCUUUCUUCCUUUUCUUCCUGGCUGGCUGCUCGCAGGCAAGUUGUAACUGAAAGGGAAAAAUAAGUGUAUCYGUAGGGUGUUUCCAAAGAGCUGUCGUUGAAUGUGGCUGCAGAUUCCUUUUUGUAAGGUUUGCUGGGGUUUGGCACUGGGGAAGAUGUGGAGCCUGGUUUUGCCRUGGCCCUGUCCCAGCUGCAGGUUGAGGAGGUCCAGGGUAGGGUGUCUUUGCUGAUAAAACUGGAAUCUCCUGRCAAAAGGCAUGGAAUGGGUUUCCAUCCCCUUCCUGCAGCCGUGUGGGUGUCCUUGAGCAUGAGGAGUGUUUCAUCAGCUGUGGGUUUCACUGGGGAGAUAAAUGGAUGGAUGGGAGGAAGAAUAAGCUGAGGACCAGAUCCUGGCAUGAAUUAGGCAGGAGGACAGGUGAGAGGUGGUCCUGCUGCUUUCUGCUGGAUUUAUAAUCCACAGGGUGACAAACCUCUGUGUCCAAACACCCCCAGAGCCUGCAGUUAUUCCUGGAGCUGUUACCCUGCACCUCCAUUUCCCCAGCUAUAAAACCAAAGCUUAAUUACACCUGAUCUGUCUUGCAGGGGCACUGUGAGGAUUAAUUAAUUCCUGAUUCUGCAGUGCUCUGACUGUGAAAUGCCUACUGCAAUGCCCUCUGGAGCAGGCACUCUGGUGUGCCAGCGUUUCCUUUCCCAUCCUUGGCUCUCAGUCCCCUGUGGGCUCAUUCUUUUCAGCUCUGCUCUAAUUUUGGAGAUAAUUCACCAGCCUGGUUUGCAGCAGGGCUGAGCUCAGGAUSUGUAGAUCAUGCCAGAGGUGCCCAGUGCUGCUCUUCACCUCUGCUUCCCUCGGGUAUGUGAAGAUGCUCAGAUCUGGUGCCAGUUCCAGCCUUGCGUGAGCAAUUCUCAGUCCAAAACCAAGCCUGGCAAGGCUGGAGCUGCUCUUUCCCAGCGGGAAGCAGCCACACCCCUCUCCCCAGCCCAGCUGCUGCCUGGCCCCGGCACAGAUGGCUGUUCAGACCCUGAACUUUGCCCUUUCCGAAGCGAUCGCUGGCCGUGUGCUGGCAGCAGCCGGUGCCUGGGGAGCAGGGAUGGAAUUUGGAAAGAUUUUGCUGUUGCUGGAUGAACAAUUCAGUAUCUCCAGGCUCCUCUCUCAUACCCUGCCUUGGCUUCCUUUUUGGCAGCAGAACGUUGAAUUUCCAGUGGGAUCUGCCUUUUUCCCAUAGGAAGGGGAGGAGGGCUGGAAUUUUUGAUGUUUCCGAGUCCCYACUCACAUUUGUGGAGCAAAUCCUUUUCCUUGUCCCUUUUGCCUGAGUGUGUGGGACCCUUUCCUCACUGUCCAGACAGGUUUGGAAUGGGAUGGUGGGAUGAACUGCUCUACUGAAGACAGAAUCCCUACUAUUUACCUGAAAAUAUCCCUGUUUUAUCUCCCAUAGAUGAUUUUGAUCAAAAUCAAGGGAGCUACAGCCUAGGAUUGAGGGUAUUGAGGCCUUGACUCCUUUAUUUUUUUUAGGAAAGAAAAAAACAAACCCUACUAUUUACCUGAAAAUAUGAAAUAUUCCUGUUUUAUCUCCUAUAGAUGAUUUUGAUCAAAACCAAGGGAGCUACAGCCCAGGACUGAGGGUGUGGAGGGCUUGGCUUCUUAAUUUUUUUUUUUCGGAGAAGGGAAAAAAACCCAAAGGCCAGCUGCAGAGUUUGGAUGCAGAGCUGUGGUACAGACCUACCUUUGGGCAAUAUUCUGCAUCUGCUAAUUAAUCUCCAGGAAUUUAAGUUCUAACAAAUAGCUGUAUGCUCAAGUCAUGUACGCCUCGCAGGGUUAUUUUCUUUUUCCCCCCCUCUGAGUCUGCAAGGGUUUUAACUCAAAGCCAGCAUGUGUUUCCUCUCCAGUGUCACCACCAGCAUUUAGGAUGGGUCAGGAAUAUCGGUCUGAGACAGUGCCAAGGAAAAUGUCUGUGUUUAUCACACAGGAGUCGUGCAUGCCAAGGGGCUUUUCCAGGUUGUUUUUUUUUUUUUUCAUAAUCACUGCACAGCUGCUUAGCUGGAGCUUCCCAKAUGUCAAAACUCCUUGUUGAGGGCAAAUCCUGCUGCUUUUCCAGCGAGGAGGAAGGUGGGGAUCCCCCUGGGAGGGGGGAACCGGAGGCAGUGAUGCUCUGUGGAGGUGUUGGGUCUGCGUGAUGCUGAGUGGAAUUCCUGCCCCAGGCGUGGUUAGAAACCUUUCCGCUGAUUUAAGUCAAAGAGGUUAUAUAUUAGGCAAUAUAUAUGUAUAUAUAUAUGUUUCCCUUCAGUGAAGGAUUGUAGCAAUGUACUGAGCCUCUUGUGUUAGGUAUUUAUUACGAAUUUCUCUUCGGUUUUGUACAGUAGCUGUCGGGAAAGGAGAAAAAAAAAAAAAAAAAGGAAAAAAGAGAUAAAAAAGACUGUGUUU